UUCGCAGCCCUUGAUACGCUUAAUGACUCAGGAUCAUGACAUCUGUCCUCUCUCUAGGGUUUUCCGAGUCACCCAUUCUCUUGUGUAUAUAUAUACUAACUAAAUGUUCUGAAUCCUCUGGCUGGCUGCCUUUGGCUUAUUACUCUGAUUCUGCUUGCUUUGUGAGUUCUCCUUUGUGGUUAAGUAAUUGAAGAUGGCACUCCCUCCCUAUGAUCCCAAAUUUACAAUGGCAGUUUCAUUUGGCCGAAAGAAAGAUUUUAAGUUUGACAAAAAGCAUGAUGUAUCUGCUUCUGCUGCUAUUGUAGCGGCUGAAUUGAUCAGCUCUGCUCGGCUUGCACAUAAUCUGGAUAGCGUCCGUACUGAGUACUCAGCUCAGUAUUUGGUGGACAAUGCUGGUUCACGCAGGAGCAAGCUCACUGUCAAAGACUGCCUUGAAUUUGCCUUAAAAAAGGGCAUACCGAAAGCAGAAGAUUGGCCACAGUUGGGAUCUAAGUCAAAGCCCCCAUCAUCUCACAAACCUGCUCUCGUUUCCUUGGAAGGACAAGUGACUGAGCCUAAGGAUUUUGAGGAAGCACGUGAAAUUUUGGUGAAUCAACCCGUGGGAGCAAAACUGCAUGUGUUCAGUCCACACAUUGAACUUCAACAAGACGCAAUUUACUGUGCCUCCUCAGGUGAGCCAACCCGCUAUGUUGGACUUAGAGAUGGGAUUAUUCUUGGAGUCGAGAAGAUUGAAGGGAAGUCUAUCGCAAUAGUGAAGGUGUGGUACAAGAAGAAGUUCAUAGUUCUCAAGGUAGCUUUGAGCAGGAUGUUUUAUUGGCCGCCGGACAUAGGGCCAACAGGUCUGCUUGUUGACUUUUGUGUCCCACGCCUUUCCGUCACUUAAGCAAGGUAUCUUAAUACAUCUUAACAAGUAUCUAGAGAUACAAAAUGCUACUAGUGGAAGGUUUUGUUUAAGAAUAAUGUUUCAUGAGACUUUUCUAUGUAAGACCCUUAAGAUGUUGAUCUCUACUUUUUUAAAGACAUAUUUUCGGAUGUUUGAUUGGUUGUUUGAGUUAUCAGCCGGCAUCAUAGAUGAUCAUUUUAGCUCCUUAUCUUAUACACCUUGAAUUGUGUGUUUUAGUUUUGUUAAAGUCCAGUCCUCGUAUGCAGGGAGAGAAA